GACGUUCAUGGAGGCCAAAGAAAUGGCUUCCAACAUUCGGAAGGCCUUUCAAGCGGCAUUCCGAUCGUCAAGCUGGAUGACGGGAUCGGUACGCGAAACCGCCCUGCGAAAAAUUACGAAUAUGCGGCAACAUAUUGGUGCCGUGGGAGCGUUGCUUGAUGCCGCCCACGUAGAGAAAUAUUACGCGAGCUUUCCCGACUUGCCCACCGACCGGUUCUUCAAAGCUUUUCGACAGGCCACAGCAGCCGCCAUUCACCAAACUUGGGGCGACACAACGAUGUUGCUGAAUAUGUCUGCCCAGGUGACCGCAGCGUACUUGCCCUUGUAUAACACGAUGGUCAUCCUCCCAUUGAUUCUGCUUCCCGACAUUCUUUUCGCUGAGGGUCCUGCUUCCUUCAACUACGGUAGUCUGGGCACGAUAAUGGGGCACGAGAUGAUGCAUGGCUACGACGUCAAUGGUUCAAAGUAUGAUGAGAACGCCAAAAAGAGGGAUUGGUUCUCACGUGAAUCAACCGAGCACUACGUCAACAAAACGCUCUGUUUGCGCCAAUUCCACAAAAACGUCCUCCAACGAAGGCAAGAAGUCCUAAACCAUACGAUAGACUCUGAAAACCUGGCCGACUUAGGGGGAACAACAAUGGCAUACUCCGCGUUUAGGUCGCUGCCCCCCUCAAAGAGAGACACCACGCUGCUUGACGUCAACAUGACAUCUAACCAGCUAUUCUUCGUCGGUCAUUGUACCCCGUGGUGUGAGAAACAAACAACGGGACCAGCGCCCUGGCUCACUGGCAAAGAUAGCUACGCACCUGGCCGCUCUCGGUGCAUCGUGCCACUCAUGAACAUGCCCGAGUUCUCGGAUGCAUUCCACUGCAAGCAAGGGUCGUACAUGAACCCGUCCAACAAGUGCAAGUUCUGGACCUGAAAGUGUGACAGCCAACGCUUCCUUUGUGUCAUAUUCUAAGUGUGGUUCUGUAUAAAUUCUAGGUUCUGUCGGCAGUAGAAUAGAUAAGCUUUCGAUCCCUGCUUUCCUGCACCUACGCAUAUGCACUCGCCUGCGUGGGUUUCUCGCAACGCAGCUGCUCGAAAAAUGGAAUAAUGUCUGGAGAACUUGGCCCUUAGUGGUAAUAGCGGCGGUAUACAAGUAAUCGCAACGCAGUGAAAUAUGUAAUGUCUUGUUUUUAAAGCUCUUUUGGAACGCUAUGCGAAAUUAUUUUCCCGCUCGUUUAAAAAAAGUAACAAGUAAAAAAAAACACGUAACGUUCACGGAGUUUGAGAGAUCGAAAAGCUGCCCACGAAAAGAUACUAAAGAAUUGGAAAUACUUGCGUGGUCGUAUAUACCAAAGUGGUGAUGCGGCAAAGUCAUGCACGCAAACACGGUGAGUCGAAAUGUUCCAACCUAAAAAAGAAACGGAAAAGUGCUCACAUUCCAGCAUUACAGACGAAGUACUAGUAUAUGUGAAGUGUAUGGUUUAAUCUGUUAUUGUACAUAAAAUUGGGCCUUUCAGUUGCCGACGCUCAGACAAUGUGACA